AUGGUGAAAGGUUACAAGGAGGGGGAAAGGACAUCAGGUACAGAAGUCAAGCCUAAGCCUCCACAGCCACAAGUAAAAAAAGAAGAGAAGCCAGAACAAGAUACAGUGAAACCAGAAAAGACUGUUUCUCAUGGUAAACCAGAAGAAAAAGGUGUCAAGCAGAUAAAAGCUACCACAAUAGAAAAAACAGUCUCCACAGUCAAGCCUAAAUCAGCAAAGAAAGUUGAACAUCUGGAAAAAGAAUCUCCACCUAUAAAAACAGACAAACCAAAACCAACUUUAAAGGAAACUUCAGAAGUCAGAGAAUCAGCAAAAAAACCUGCAAGAGUAUCAAAAGAUGUUGAAGAUGUUCCAGCUUCAAAGAAAGCUAAAGAAGAAGCUGAAGAUGUGUCUUCCACACAGAAGCAAAAAAGCCCCAUCAGUUUCUUCCAGUGUGUGUACUUGAAUGGUUACAACGGCUAUGGAUUUCAGUUUCCUGUCACUCCUGCACAGCGCCCUGGAGAGAGCUCUGGCCCACCAGGUCCUCCAGGACAGAAGCAACAAGGACAAUAGACGCACAUGUGCCGCCAUUAAAAAUGCUUGAAGACUUUGAGAAUAGAAUCUUUCAUUUGUCCACAGUGGCACCUGCAAUUGAAAUAAAGGAAUUUGAGGAAUUUCUUUGAAAUAUUUUACUAUUCUGCCUGGUGUAGAAAAAAGAAAAAUGUGGGUGAAGGGAUUGAAUAAUAAGCAGACAUGUUGGAAGGUCUGAUGCCCAAGAAUCUGUUAUUUGUGUUUGUUGUUGGCGUGGGUGCUUAUAUUUUUCUAUUUUCACUUACUGUAGAGUUGUGGACAAAUCAGUUAAUGUUUACUUAAUAAUUAUCUUUUAAAUGCAAUUGACACAAUUACAAAAUAAAAUUCCUGACUUCAAUUAGAUAGGUACUUUUAAAAGAAAACAGAGACUAUGCUUAAGUUUAAAGAGUACAGGAACUUAUAUAAAAGCUACUCUUUUGCAUCAUGUAAGUAUCUGAACUCAAUUUACCAAUAAGUUGAUGUUUAAUAGUUUAAUUUUAUUUAUGUCUAUUUUUAGUUUAGUUGUGGCUAUGCUUUAAGACUGGGUUGCACCAAAGAGUGCUGAAGUUCCUUGUGAUGUUGUUUUAGAGCUCAGAAUAUCUCUGAACUUGAGACAUGACAAGAAGGAAUAGAAAUGUUAGAUGAAUCUUAUCUCUAAGAUGUACCUGAAUUGUAAUGAGGAGAAUUACAAUUAGGACAUUCACUCUAGUGGAAAUGCACCAUCCAAUUAGGCAGGCCUGGUGAAUUAUUGGUGUAAAAUAUAAGCAAAUGAGACAUAGAAUUUUCAGAUUUCUCCAGACUGUGCCCUGAUGAUAACAUCACCUGGGUGAAGUUUUAGAUCAAUCACUAAAUCUGAGUGACAGAUGCAAAAGUAUUUUCAUUGCACUAAUAGGAUCCUUCUGUGGAGUUAAAUCGCUCUUCUUUCUCAAAAAGGAAAAAUAUGAAUGUCAUCAAAGUGGAAGGAAUUCAUUUUUAAAAGAAGUACAUCAUGAGAUGGCUUGUUAUCAGUGCCAAUGAAAUGCAUGACAAUCUUUAACUUACUUGACAAUGCAUCAUUGGGAAUGACUAUUGUGGCUUUUCCAUCUUUUGUCUCCCAGUGACAUAAAUACUUGUGAUCUUUAUCACAUUUUUCUAGUAACUCUAAACGUUAUGCUACUGUGAUCUUUUCAUGUUUACAGUUGCAACUCAACUUAUGGCAAAUUAACUCAGGAAAUAAAUUGAGUUUUUUUUGUUGUGUUUUUUAGCGUUAUACUUACCUUAUGGCGAGGUAGCCAGAGCCAAUACUAGCCAAGUGAUUUAUUUUCAAGGACUGCAACAAACUAAGUUCUUUAAUUCCAAGAUGUGGAACACUGUCUUACUAAAAUAUCAUUAGGCUAGGGUAUGAGUAACAUGAUCAUUAUUAAUAAUGGAUUUUCAGUGACUUUUGUGAAAGAAGUUGGUCUUAGCCACAUGCUGGUAGACCUAGCUCACACCACAAAAGCUAACAUUACAAUGAACCAAGAUUGAUGACACUCCUUAAUGGGGGCCUGGAAAUGUGUCCUGUCAGGACUGACCACAUGGUACAGCCUCAAAACUCCUUCAUGUAGCAAUGGAAGUUGGUGGUAGGGCAGUGGAUAGAGUUUAUUGCUCAACUGCCCCUACAGCUUUUACAAUUUAGUGAGUAAAAGAAAUAGAGAGGAAAUAUAAUUGUUUUUUUAAUUGUAUAGAACAGAAUGAUUUAUUCAUAAAUUCUCAUAUUAAAUGAUUAUUUAUUGAGCACUUACUCUUUCUAGAGCAUUGUAUUGUAAUAGGCACUAGAGUGUAUAAGAAAAAUAUUAGAGACAAUUUAUAUUACCAGUAUUAACCUGAUACAAUGUGUGGCCUUGGAAAUUUUACCAAACACACCAUGCUUGUUUUCUUAUGUGUAAAAUAGGAAUUUCAAGACCAUCAACCUGAUACACAGAUGUACUAUGAACACUGACAAAAUAUCUUAUUAUGAAUAUGACAUCAACAUUAAUUUCUAAAAUAAUAUUUUUGGAUGUUUUUUCUCUGAGUGCUUUUCUACAUUAUAUUAUUGUUUCACUUUCAUUAUGAA